AUGCCAGGCGACGACCCAUUCGGCUUUCUGGGCGCGGAGCAGCUUCAACAAGCCAGUAAACCAGUUGCAAAACCCGCAAAAAAGCAGCAUUGGAGGGAGAAGCUCUUCUCGAAGGACAAGAAGAAUGCAUCUGCUGAUCAACGACAAAUUGAUGACUUCCUUGCCUCUAAUCGGCCACAAGCCGUCGAUACUCACCAUCUCGCUCCCGUCUCCGCAAAGGUUGAUUCUGAUCUUUUACCCCCAACUAUCUCGACACAGCAAGUGCCGUCGCACGAUUUCACAAAUGCUUCCCCGCCGAGAGCCCCGCAACAAUCUCAAAUCCCGAGCGAGAACUACACCGCGUUCAACUUUACCGACCAUACCUCCGAUCAACCUGCCCCGCGAUCCCACCCACACCGCCCUCGCAAAGGACUUCGAGUUGCAUUUUCUGAACAAGAACCUGAACUCGCAAGGGAGCGCGCGGCAGACUUGCAGCAGCAGACCCGAGUGAUGCAUCUCGGUCGCCAGACCCAUCAAAGGCGCACUUGCCAACAUUGCGACUCGACACAUCGCUGGGCGAUAAUUACGAUGAACAACGUGGACACAGCCAGGAUGGAGCCGGCGGCAUCAGCCCUGAGUUGGAAACCGCCAUUGGUCGCGAACGACGGUCAUGCAGAUCUCCUAAACACCUUACACAUCAGCAAACCCCAUUCUCGCCUCUCGUUCCGCGCAUCACCAGAGUCGAACUCAUUUGCCGAGCGAGUACGCAACCAGAUGCAAGUUGAGGAGGGGCGGGCGUUGCAUAAUCACUUUGACGAUGAAGAGUCUCUAUCCGACGAGGACCAGUAUAUAGAUGACGAUGCCAAUGAAGAAGACCUGAGCCCUGUGCUCCCUUCGCAUAACUCACGCAGCCCCGUUGAGUCAGCCCAUGAUACGCCCAUUUCCCACAAAUCGAAUGCUCCGUCAGUGAAAUCGAUCGCCCACUCCCUUCGCCAACCCCAAUCUCCAGCCGCUAGCCGCGGACCAAACCUGAGCCCUAUCGAGCGUGGGAUACCUGCCGGUCUUACUCCUGGGAGUCCUUUAAACGCUUCUCCAACCCCUCCUCACGCUCUUCCUGUUCAAGCUCCUCCGAUGCCGCCUCCCGCCCCUCCUCCGACUGAAAAGGUCCCAUCCCCGCCCCGACACCAAGCACCAGCACCAGCACCAGCCCAAGCGCCGGCGAAGAGCGCCGCACCACCGAAGUUCUCCCUGCGAAGUUUGGCGACCCAGGUAGGAGAUAGCUCAUACCUUGAAUUUAAGAACUACAUUGGAAACUACGACGAUCACCUGAAGGCUGCUGCAGAGAGUGUUAAGCCACUGAUGGAAACCUCUCUGUCAGAAUGGGUUCGUGCUGCACUGUGGUGGUUUUUGCGAGGCAAGACGCGGUUGGAGACUUUCGCUCGUACUCGCUCACACUGCCCUCCUAGCUAUGCGAAGCAAGCAGUCAUCGAUCUUGGGAAGGCAUUUUGGAUCAAUGAGAACAUCGUGCCAGCACACUCUGAGUUAUCCAGAUACGGUCAGAUGAGCGUGGAUGCGCUGCUAGCAGUGGCCAGCACCACUGGCAACAAGGAUUUGGCUGAUCUCCUGAGUUUGCAUCAAAACAUGAACAACCACUUGCGAUCGCUGUCUAUGUCGAUCAAGCGUAACAAUAUCAUUGAUUUGAUUCUUGAGAGCGAUGACUCGCCAAGUCAAGCGGACACGAGCGUUUGGUUGCGUUACCCAUUCUUCGCCCCCGAUGUCGCUGCAGUCCUUUCUGGCGCGGCUUCAAGGUCUAUGCUGGCCGAUAAGCCCGGCAAGUUACCGAGCAUGGUGUAUAUGAUGCCCCUCGGAGACUCGAGUGUGUAUUUCUCGUACGGGAGCAUGUUCGUGCAGGCCUGUGUCAGUUCCAGGGAAGAUGAAGGAGGACAACAAUAUGCAAUGCCUUGUUGCUUGACGAUCAUCCGAGAGCGGGUCGAUUGGUAUGUGUGUGCUGCGAUCACAAGCCAGAGCCAGCUUGUGAAUAUCAUGAUCCAGGCGGAUCGGAAACAGGGGCCCACUUGGGAUGAUGUGGAUUGGCAAGUCCAUAGCCACUCGAUGAGAGUGAAGCUCCCGCGAGGGUUCGAGCUGGAUGUGAUGUUCAAGGACGAUGAUUUCAAAACUUUAUGGAACAUCGUGAAAUACACCCAGAAGUCAGAGGCCAGUCUUGCGCCAGAGCCUGGCGAGAAAGUGGUUUUCGAGAACACCGUCAAGGUUUUCCAGUAUAUGGACCCGGGAACCCCGAAGUCUUUCCCUUCGGAUCCAGUCGAGCGUUGUCGCGUUCGCUUGUUCGAGAGGUUUGUAACGAUUAAGGAGGGCACCGGCACGCGCGAAGCGCACCGAGGCUUCCGCUUAACAGUCUUGACCAGCCCGAAGGUAAAGACCCUGAGCAAUGUCAAGCACAUCUUAGGCCAGGGCACGCCGGUUGUGUUUGGCCUUUUGAGAGGGGAAGAUGGCGCUCCCGCUAUGCUUCUGAAGGUCACCGAGGACGGUCGCACUCGAUCUAUGCUCAUGACUUUCCAUGAAGUCGAGGAGCGCACUCAAAUGCAUGCAGUCCUACUAGGAAUGGUCCCUCGGGAGGGAGAGUUAAAGUCUCCCGAAAUCGCUUUCCGUUCAUUUUCUAUGGAGCAGCCAGGAGACGCUGCUACCGGUCAGCCGCCUGUCACCCACAUCCAGUUCCCGCCCGGCAACGUUUUCGUUAUUGACCAGGAGAAUCCAUACGGCGACCAUGGAUAUGGUCCUACCAUUCUGUCCGAGAAUCUAAGAGCCUUUAUUGCUACUGAAUGGGGCUCUGUGACGGAUCGUAUCAACUUAGAGCUGAAGAUUGGUCUUGAUCCAACCAAGCAAACUGCAAUGAGCCUGUACCGUCCGGCACAGCAGGAUCUCACUAUUUCUUUGGCGGACAACCUUAUCCCUCCAGAGAUGCCUGACCAAGUCGCGGGAUUCCUCGAAAAAGUCACAGCCAAGCCGAUUAUUCGCCGGUUCGACUUCGGCACAGUGAAAGGUGAGUCGAACACCCCUUGGUUGGACCAUCUGUAUGCUGACGUUUUUCAGAUUUGCAUCACUUCGUAG